AGCUGCGAACCGUCACUUCCGCAAAAUAUUCAUACAUUUUCCGCCAGCUCCAACACCGCGCCACCGAAGAGAUAAACAACUGCUUAAACGCUUCUCGACGCUGAAAGUUCUUUGUUCGUUCUCAGCGUUAGCUAAAAGCUUAAGCACCGCGAUGGCUGAUAAGAUGAAUAUGUCUCUGGACGACAUUAUCAAGCUGAACAAGAAAGGAGGCAGCGGCCGAGGAGGAAGAUCAUCCGGGUCGGGUGGAAGUUCAGGUUGGGCCGGUGGAUCGUCGAGGCCAGUGCGGAGUCGACAGAAUAACUUCAACCGUGAGAGAAACAACAGAUCCACACCGUACACCAGGCCCAGAGAGUUACCAGACAAAUGGCAGCAUGACAUGUUUGAGGAGCAUGUUAGUGGACGCCAAGUACAAAGUGCUGGGGCUGAAAGAAGUGUAGAAAAUAGUGGCAAGCUGCUGGUUUCCAAUCUGGACUUUGGCGUCUCUGACUCAGAUAUCAAGGAGCUGUUUGCAGAGUUUGGGGCAUUGAAAAAGGCGUCUGUACACUAUGACCGGUCCGGUCGCAGUAAAGGAACAGCAGAUGUUCACUUUGAAAAUAUGGCAGAUGCACUAAAAGCCAUGAAGCACUAUAAUGGUGUCCCACUUGAUGGACGCCCCAUGAAAAUCCAGCAAGUGACGUCAGAGGUCAAUGCACAUAGUAGACAAUCCACACAAAGUUCAAACAGAGGGUUUGACAGGAGCAGGCUCGGUCAACCCAAGACUGAAAGGAGGGAACGGGGUGAAAAGAGGCAAGGUGGCGGCAGUGGAGGUUUCAGAGGUCGUGGAAGAGGGGGUGGGAACAGACCCCAACUUUCUGCAGAAGAGUUGGAUGCCCAGUUGGACGCUUACAAUGCCAAGUUUCAGAUGGACACCAGUUAGAAGCACUCAGAGAGGAUGCUGCUCCUGUCCCUUUUUUAAAAUUUUGGACAUUCAUUUAAAAAAAAAAAAAAAAUCAGGUAAAUCUGAUAUGGUGGAUCAGACUUGAUUACACUCGUGUUUUGAAGCCAUUUUAUUGUAUGGACCAUUGUAUUCUUCUGAUUUUUGUAGCCAUGUUUUUUGGGUCAGUUUUACGUUUUGAGGAUUUUUCUCUCAGGCCAGCGGCUCCUGUGCUUUUUUUUCCCCAAAUGUAUGGACAAUUACCUUAAACCUGCAAAAUAUUUUAUUUUAUCUUUUUUUAAUCAUGUAAACCUGAUUCAGUGGUAUGACAGGCUGUUUAAUAUGCUGUUAAAAUGUUAAUGCACAUCAAUUCAGUUAUUACUGUAUACUUGACAUGAUGAACAUAUUUCAGGGUUCAAGUGUUACAAGGGUUUUGUACAUAAAUACAUUAUAUUGAAUCAACUGUCCAGUGUUUGUUUAUUUAGAAAAUUCCCUUCCUGGGACACAGUGAUUUUACCAGUGACACUGAAAACGUUUUUAAAAAUGAAUAAAAACUAAAUGUGACCAAAUGA